UGUAAUUUUAUCCGAGAUACAUUACUUUCGUUGAAACCGAACAAAAGGCAAACAAUCUUCAUGAUAUAAUUGCUGUUUUACUGAAAUUCUCUUCCUGAAGCUUUUAUUUUGAAGGUUUUGACAGGAAUAUGUUGAUCACCACCCAUACAAAGUCCACAAAACGGACGAUUCCUUUCUGAACGACACGGUAGGUUUUUUUUUUAAAAGGUUACAAUUUUUUGACUGUUUUGACAGUUUAAUUUUGUUUACUUGGUGGAAGUAACUUUUCAAUGCAGCAGAUGGCAAAUGAGGCGAGACCUUGUCCAUGUGAUAUUGGGGAUCGGAUGGAGUACGGGGGACUCGGCCAGGAGGUCCUGAUUGAGCAUUUAAAAGCAUAUUUAGUGAAACCAUCUAUUGUUUCUGAGAAGGCCGUUAUUGUCAUCCAAGACAUAUUUGGGUGGCAGCUUCCCAACACCAGAUACAUGGCAGAUAUGCUGGCUGCCAAUGGAUACAUGGCUGUUUGCCCAGAUUUCUUCCUCGGAAAGGAACCGUGGAGCCCAUCCCAUGACUGGUCUACAUUUGCAGCAUGGCUUGAGGACAAAAAGCCAACCGACAUCAAUAAAGAGGUGGAUGUGUUGCUGGGGUUCCUGAAGGAGAAAUGUGGCGCCAAGCACAUCGGAGUGGUGGGCUUCUGCUGGGGCGGGAUCGCCACACAUCAUGUGACCCUCCACUACCCUGAAGUCAAAGCUGGGGUGUCAUUCUAUGGGAUAAUCCGAGAGGGAGAAGACAGGUAUCAACUGAAGAGUCCAACUUUGUUUAUCUUUGCAGAGAAGGAUACUAUCAUCCCAUUGGAUCAGGUGAGUGGUCUGCAGGCAAAGCUGCAGGAGAGAUGCACAGUGGAUCACCAGGUGAAGAUCUUUCCCGGACAAAGCCACGGGUUCGCACACCGAAAAAAAGAGGACAUCAGCCCUGUAGACGAACCAAGAAUACAAGAGGCGAGAGCGGAUAUGAUCAACUGGCUAAACAAAUACAUUUAAAUCAAUGCAAAGUGUGAUAUCAAAUAUGAGGAUCGGUGGAGGAAUUAGUGCCUUUGGACAGUGUGACUACAUGUAAAGUUGGGCCAUUUUUGUGCAAUGUUGGGUCAUGUUUUUUAUGAGGUUAAAUCAAAAUAAAUAUCUGUGCACAAACAAUAACAUCAAAAUUGCUUAAAUGCACCAAUCAGUUGACAGUGCGCGUGUAGCACCAAAUCUAUAGGUCGCAUUAGGUCUGGGCCAAUAAUACCUUUUGCUGGAAAAAACAUUGUCCCACAAAUUAUUGCCAAUAAAUAUUGUUCGCAUUAUAUUGACAUCAAAUCAAAUACUAAUGUAAUCAUAAUGUACAUAAAACACAAUUGUUCCUUACAAAUGCAACAAACAUGUUUACCAAGAACUUGUAAUUAUCCUAAAUAAGUAAACAAAAAUAGAAGGGACUCUUAAUCUGUUGGCAAAAAAUUCAAUUUAAUAAAUAAUGAACAUCUUAAAAAAACUGUCAAGUGUUUUGGUUGUUUCUAUCACUUUCCAAAACAUUCAGCAUAUUUGCUCAUUUGUCCACGUUGGUGGGCUCAUCUUGCUCACUCGUUUGAAGCUGAAAUAUUCCCACACACAUUUGGCUACACAAUCAUAUUUUUUCCCGUAAUUUUUGUUUCCUCACAGUCCUUCACACUAGCAACUAGUGAGGCUUUGCCCAUGUACCCUGUGUGUUUAAGCUAGCAGUCUUGCCUCCACCCACAGAGACAAAGAUUGUGGAUAACAGACAAGAGGAUUCACUCGGUUCAUUUAAGUCUAUUGAAUAAAUGCACUCAGGUGCUGAGAGCGAUGCACAAAGUAACCCUCCUGCACCGAUUUAUCAAUGACAGCAAAGUUAUCGAGUUCAUUUCCAUUUAUCGUUUGUUUGAUUAUCGGCCCAGGCUUACUUGGCGGUCUAAUUUGCUCUGUGGCCGUCAGUCACUAGAGUCUAUUUACUUCUGAAUAGCGCAAAGUAUGAACCGAGAGUACUUCAAAAGUGACUUAUUUUUAAAUUUGCAUGUGUGAGAAAUGUAUGCUUUAUAAAUAGUGCAUUUUGUGAAAUGAUGGCACAAAAUAAACCA